AUGGGGCGAGAGGAGAGGGACUGGUCCCCUCCCGCACCUCGGCCGAGGAAGGAGCUCUCGGGAAGCAGUGUGGCACAGCGGCGUGCUUCUCUCUUUGCUCUUCCUGGCGCCACAGCUGCUGCCUCCCUGGGUGACAGUGCCUCGUCGAAAGACCAGAGAGGCUCGUUUGGAAACCGCGGUGGCUCGUUCAAGGACCGGAGUGGGAGGCUGGAGAAUGAGGAGGAGUCCAGUAGGGACCUCAGUGGGUCGUUCAGAAGCCGGAGCAGAUCGUCCCGAGAUCUCAGUGGCUCGUUUGCCGAGCCUGGUGGCCCAUUUGCCGAACCUGGUGGCCGGUUCGGGGAGCGCAGCGGCUCGUUCAAGGAGCGGGAGCGGGAGAUGGAGGAGGAAAAUAAGGAGGAAGAAGAGGAGGAUGAGGGGGAGGAAGGAGAGGAGGAAGAGGAAGAGGAAGAGGAGGAGGAAGAGGAGGAAGAGGAGGAGGAGGAAGAGGAGGAGGAUGAGGAGGAGGAGGAAGAGGAUGACGAGGAGGAUGAUGAGGAUGAGGAGGAGGAAGAUUAUACUGAGGGGGAAGAGGAGGAAGAGGACGACGAGGAGGGCGACAGUGAUGGUUCAAGAGUGGAGCGACGGAGGUGCAGAGGGGCGUCUAAAAAGCCAGAGCCCAGGCAAUUCUUCGAAAGAGUGAGAGAGCUCGAGCCGCCUUUGAUCGUCAUGGCGCCGCAGAUCUAUAACUUCACGCCGUGGCAGUCGCUGGUGGGCGGCGUGAUCAUCGGGAUUGCCGCGUCGCUGCACCUCCUCACCACGGGCCGCAUCAUGGGCGCCUCGGGUAUCGUCAACGGCGUCGUCACGGGUGUGCCGGACUGGGCUUGGCGCGCAGUGUUCCUCGCGUCGAUGACAGCCGUCGGAUCGUUCACGAUGCUCAUCGACAGCGGGCACGCGUUCGGGACCAAGCCCCCCUCCGUGGGCGACGAUCCGGGCCUCGCGCUCAUUCUGCCCAUCGCCGCGGGACUUCUUUGCGGCUUCGGCUCGCAGGUACAGCUUCCCCCAAUCACAGUCGACUCAAAUCUCAUCGACAGCGGGCACGCGUUGGGGUCCAAGCCCCCUCCGUGGGCGACGAUCCCGGGUCUCGCGCUCAUUCUGCCCAUCGCCGCGGGGCUGCUCUGCGGCUUCGGCUCGCAGGUAUGGCAGCUUUUAGUCCCUCUCCUAUGGUACAACUCUAAGCUCAAAGAUCGCAGCGGGUGCACGUCCGGCCACGGCGUGUGCGGCUUGCCGCGCUUCUCCCUGCGCAGCGCAGUAGGCGUGGGAACCUUCAUGGCGACAGGCGCCGCUACAUCCAUGACCCUCGGCGCCAUCGCCACCGGCGCUACAGCCGCCAACCGCCCCCCCGGCGAGCCCAUCCCCGCCACCAACACGUGGCUGCUCGUGCUGGCCGUCUGUGCUACAGCCGCGGGAGCUAUUAUCGCGUACAGAUGCCCGUACUGUAACGAUUUUCUUGAGAGUGGAGCUGGUAGUGGUGCUGUUAGUGGUGCCAAUGCUGCUGGUGGGGCUGCUGGGGAGUUGGCGUCGCUUGCCAAGGAUGCUGCCAAACCGGCCUGCUCCGAUGGGGCGUGCUCCCUCUCCUCCUCCGCACCCUCCGCCACUUGCUGUUCCGCGCUGCUCCAUCCCAUCAACGUGCUACGAGCGUCACUUGUUACGGGAGCCAUGUUCGGCAUCGGCCUCGCUCUCAGCGGCAUGUGCAACCCCUACAAGGUGAAGGACUUUUUAGACCCGGUGCACGGGUGGGACCCCAGUCUGGCCUUUGUGAUGGGCGGCGCCGUGGCAGUCAACGUCGUCACCUUCCGCUUCAUCCUCGCCCGCCCCAACCCGCUCUUCGACUCCAAGUUUUACGUCCCGUCUCGGAACAACAUCACAUGGGAGCUCGUGGUUGGCUCGGCAAUCUUUGGCAUUGGUUGGGGUCUAGCCGGCUACUGCCCAGCUCCGGCGUUUGUCAGCCUAUCCACUGGGAACGUUCCGGCGAUCGCUGAAUUCGCUGACGUGGCGGACGUUGAGGUUCGGUGGUACGCGUUUCAGCUGAACCCCAAGGCGUCCAAGGAAGGCGUGAGCAAGCUCGACCUCUACCGCUCUCUCUUCGGCGACCGAAUGCCAGCCAUCACUGCGCGCAUGACGGGCGUGUUCGACGAGCUCGGGCUCAAAUACAGCCUCGGCGGACUCACAGGCAACACGUUGGACAGCCAUCGGCUGAUCGCGCUGGCAGGGAUGAGGGACAGGGAGAAGGGCGGUGAGCCGGCAGGCUCCUCUCUGCAGCACCGGGUGGUGGAGGAGCUGUUUCUGGACUACUUCACUCGAGAGAAGUUCAUUGGUGAUAGACAAGUGCUGUUGGGAGCAGCGGAAAGGGCCGGGCUGCAAGGAGCAGCAGAGUGGCUUGACAGCCCCCAGUCAGGCUUGCAAGAGGUGGAGGCUGACUUGCGGCAUUAUCGACCACGAGUCUCAGGCGUCCCACAUUUCAUUAUUGGCGGACAGGAGUUUUCGGGUGCUCAACCUCCUGCUGUACUGCUUGAAGCUCUCAAAUCUGCAGCAUCUGCCAGUGCCUGA